AUGUUAAGUUCUUUCAUUCCUUCAACUCUAGGAAACCUCUCAUCCUUAAAUUCCUUAUCUAUUGGAUCUAAUAAUUUAUCUGGUGCAAAUUCAAAAUUAACUUUUUCCAAACUCUCUGGUUUAGAUUCACUAGACUUGAGUAAUUCAAAUUUUGUAUUCCAAUUUUAUUUGGAUUGGGUUCCUCCUUUUCAACUAAUUGACCUUUUAUUAAGCAAUACAAAUCAAGGCCCAAACUUUCCAUCUUGGAUAUAUACACAAAAAACACUGCAUGUUCUCGACUUAUCGAGCUCGGGAAUUUCAUUAGUAGACAGAGAUAAGUUCUCAAACCUUAUUAAAAGAAUACCCGAUAAACUUUUUUUGUCAAACAAUUUCAUUGCUGAAGACAUAUCUAACCUAACAGUUAAUGGUUUGGAGUUAAGGUUGGACCACAAUAAUUAUACAGGAGGACUCCCAAACAUAUCACCAAGGGUUGUUAUGGUUGAUUUUUCUUACAACUCCUUCUCAGGAUCAAUUCCACAUAGUUGGAAGAACUUGAAUGAAUUGACAGUCAUGAACCUGUGGAAUAAUAGUUUGUCUGGUGAAGUUCCAAUGCACCUCUCUGCUUCGAAACAAUUGCAAACCAUGAACUUGGGAGAAAAUGAAUUUUCUGGAACCAUACCAAUCAUGAUGUCACAAAACUUAGUAGUGGUCAUAUUGAGAACCAAUAAAUUUGAAGGGAUUAUUCCGCCACAAUUAUUCAAUCUCUCUUAUUUGUUUCACUUAGACCUUGCACAUAACAAACUUUCAGGAUCUUUACCACACUGCGUGUACAACUUGACUCAAAUGGUUACUUAUCAUGUAAAUCCAUGGUAUACUUCCACAAUUGAUUUAUUUACCAAAGGUCAAGAUUAUGUGUAUGAUAUCAACUCGGAAAGACGAACUAUUGACCUUUCAGCCAAUAGCUUGUUUGGGGAACUGCCAUUGGAAUUGUUUCGGCUUGUUCAAGUUCAAACGUUAAACUUAUCUCACAAUAAUUUUGUUGGAACAAUACCAAAGACGAUUGGCGGCAUGAUAAACAUGGAAUCUCUCGAUCUCUCUAAUAAUAAGUUUUAUGGUGAAAUUCCUCAAAACAUGUUUGUCUUAACCUUUUUGGGUUAUUUGAAUUUAUCUUGCAAUAAUUUCAAUGGAAAAAUCCCAAUUGGAACACAACUUCAAAGUUUUAAUGCAUCGAGUUACAUUGAGAAUCCUAAACUGUGUGGAGCUCCUCUCAAUAAUUGUACCAAGAAAGAAGAAAAUCCCAAAACCGCAACACCAUCCACAGAGAAUGAAGAUGAUGACUCUAACAAAGAAUCAUUGUAUCUAGGGAUGGGAGUUGGAUUUGCGGUAGGUUUCUGGGGGAUUUGUGGUUCUUUGUUUCUUAUUAGAAAAUGGAGGCAUGCAUACUUUCGGUUUACUGAUAAAGUAGGUGACAAGAUCUAUGUUACUUUGAUCGUAAAGUUAAACAUGUUUCACAGAAAUUGA